UCUCUUAUCAAUGUGUCUCCAAUGUUGGGAAAACCUUUUCUACAAAUCCACUCCCGUCGUCAUGCGUGUGUGUCACCCACUCGUGACGUGGACCGUCUGGGGCUGAAGCGCCGCUCCCGAGCCACCAAUAUCAGCUCUCUGGCGAUUAAAACGGCUCGUAAUCUUUCGGGAGAGCGAUAGUUUCUGACGGCUAUGAUGAUAUGGUUGCCUUCAGAAGGCCAGGCUGGGAGAUGAUUGCAGCUUGGCACAGAGAAAGGUUGAAGCAGAGAGCCUGAGACAGAAGAAUGGGCAGGAGCACCUGGUUCUGCUGGAAUGGCGUCCUCUCCACUGCAGUGCUUUAUGGUUCACUGGCCCUGUUUACCUCCAUCCUCCACAAUGUCUUUCUCCUUUAUUAUGUGGAGACGUUUGUGUCCAUCUAUAAGAUUGAUAAAGUCUCCUUCUGGGUGGGAGAGACUAUAUUCCUCAUCUGGAACAGUUUCAACGAUCCUCUCUUUGGCUGGUUGAGUGAUCGCGCCUUCCUCAGCAGUCCUCAGUCUGGCUCCCACAUCACAUCCCCAGAGGUGGUGCUGAAGCGCCUGAAAGCCCUCUCCACAAAUGGGCCCCUCUUCGCUCUGUCCUUCCUGGCGUUUUGGGUGGCGUGGGCCCGGCCAGGCCUGCAGUUCCUGCUGUGCUUGUGCUUGUACGAUGGCUUCCUUACCAUGGUGGACCUCCACCACAGCGCCCUGCUGGCCGACCUCGCCGUGUCCGCCACGGCUCGCACAAGCCUGAACUUCUACUGCUCUCUGUUCAGCGCGCUGGGCUCCUUCUCCGUUUUUAUGUCCUACGGCUUCUGGGACAAAGAGGAUUUCUACUACUUCCGCUACUUCUGCGUGACGCUGGCGGCUUUUUCCAUCCUGGGCUUUUUCUUUGUUUCUCGGAAGCUCCAGCUUCGUUUCAAAAAGGAAAUCCUUCCAAAGCAGGAUGAAGCAUCUGCACUGAAAGAGCUGAGUGUUGGGAAUGCUCCGUUUACAAACGCAGAGAAGCCCGUCACUAUUGGACAGUACCUGAAGCAGCUCUCCAAACACAAGAACUUUUUGUGGUUCGUGUCCAUGAACCUCAUUCAGGUGUUUCACUGCCACUUCAACAGCAAUUUCUUUCCUCUUUUUCUGGAACAUCUCCUGUCCGACAGCAUCUCUGCCUCCACAGGUUCAAUCUUACUCGGGAUCUCCUUCGUUGCUCCCCACUUGAACAAUUUGUAUUUCUUGACUCUGUGCCAGCGUAACGGGGUUUACCAGGUUAUCAAGUGGUUGUUUCUUCUCAAGCUGGGACUUGGUCUGGUCAUGCUGCUGGCUGGGGCUGACCACAUUUAUCUGCUGUGCAUCUUCAUCGCCAGUAACCGAGUCUUUACAGAAGGCACCUGCAAGCUGCUGAAACUGGUCAUUUCUGACCUGGUGGAUGAAGAUUUUGUGGUGAACCGACGGCAGCAGGCGGCCUCUGCCCUCCUCUUUGGAAUGGUUGCCUUGUUGACCAAGCCCGGUCAGACGUUUGCCCCCCUCAUCGGCACCUGGCUUCUUUGUGUUUACACGGGUUAUGAUAUUUUUGAACGGCAGCCUGUGAAGGACUCGGUGUUGGCCCCUGACAUCUCCUCCGGCUCAGGAACUCCACCUCUGCGCCUCGGCUGCUUCUACAUGUUAGUCUUCGUGCCUAUCACGUGUGCACUGCUGCAGCUGGCCGCCUGGUCGCGCUUCACUCUUCAUGGAAAGAAGCUGCAGGCAAUCAAGACCCUCAGGCAGGGGACCCAACACGGCCACAUGAUUGACGUCAAGGCCAUUUGAGAUUUAUGUGAAACUGCACAUAGACACUUUUGAUAUAUUUUUCUUUAUCCAAUGAUGUCUUAAGAAAACAGAACGCUGUUCUGUCGUGACUGUAGCAUCUGUGCAUUAGUUUCAACCACGUGGCAUUCUGUACAGGGAAAAUCCAAAGUAAAUUGACCAAGCGGACUUAGGAGGAGACUUUUUUAAAGAAAAAUCUACCUUAUUUUUUUACAUUUGAAUAUAUAUUUAUAUGUAAAACGGUGACUCAGAUUGGAAGUAGAUUCUUUCUACAUGUGGACCAAACAUUUCACUCUACCAGCUGGGCAUUUUGUGCCCAGUUUGAUGUCUCCUUUAUAGUAUAGGAAACAUUGUUUUUGCUGUUAAGAACCUAGAGGACAAAAUUAUAACUGAAUUAAUUUAUUUACAAAACUUAAAGGUAUGGAAGACUUAUGUUUUAGAGUGCCAAUAGUUAUGCAUAAAAUCUGCACUUGAGUUCUUUUGUUUAAUAACUUUGUCCUGCCAGUUUACAAUUGAUGUAAUACAAUGCUUGUGCACAAAACUGCCAUUUUAUCUAUUGUAUAUCUGAUUUAUUUUCUUCUUUGAUUGGUUAUGUGUUGUCAAAGUGAAAUAAUUAAAGUAUAAAUUUACUUUUGUAACUGCUCACAUUCAAAAAUCGUUGGUUUUCAAAUGUAUUUUAAAAAGUCUGAAACAUUGAUAAUAAACCUGUGUUCACUUGCUUUAAAAUUAGCUAAAAACUUCAUUUUCCAGUUUAUUCAACAGGUGUAUUUAGUAAGAAAGACUUUGUAUCUUAAUUAAAUGAGACAAAUGGA